AUGUUUCGCAACGUCGAGCGCCUGCGCGCGGCGCUGGCGAAGAUGCCGGACGCCGCGCGCGCGAGCGUGAACCCGGCGAACGGACGGUUUCGCGCGCCCGAGUUCUCCGGACGCGUCGUCGCCGAGCUGCGCAAGGCGGCGAUCGCGAACGGGUACGAGUGGACGCACGAUAAACCGCGCGGGACGCAGAAGACGCUGACGCGACCGGGGAAGGGACACAAGUGCGAUCGCGAAAAGCCGGCGAGGGAGGCGGCGCGGGCGGAGGCGCUGGCGAAACAGCCGGAGCUCAUCGCGGCGUAUAGGGCGCGGAUGCGAAGCAAAGCGAAGGGAUUGGAUAAGACGUGGGAUGAUUUCGUGCUGACGAAGUCGGAGAAGACGCUGAAGAUUCGGAUGCAAGAUCAACAGGGCGGGAAGAAGUAG